AUGGCAAAUCAAGCUAUAUGCCAAAAAAUGGAAGAAUUAUUACACAGCUUUAAUACGAUAUUGAAUAAUGUAAGAAGACAGAACGGUUUAUUCACUGCAACAGAUCAAGAGAUAAAUUCGUUAGAACUGAAAGCGGUUUUGCAAGACAAUAUCACGAUUAGUAGAGAAAUUUUACGUGUUACGAGUGAAUCGAAAAACCGUCUUUCAAGUUCCUCAGACAACAACACUGAGAUGAUGAGAAAACUCGUUCAAUUAAAAGUACUCGCCGAAACCAUUAUUGAGCAGUUGAAACCAGUAGAAAAUCAAGGAGAGAACCGCUCCCCUCCCCAAACGUCCAAUAACUACUCUACUGUAUUCAUGGGCGGCCGCAGGGGAGGGCAAGGAGGGGCAUUUGAUUAAAAGAAUUAUGCAUUUACGUCGUUCAAAAUACACAAGUUGAUUACAUAGUCUUUUUCUAAUUGACGUCAACAAUAACGUAUCGAUAAGUUUGAUGAUCGACAAUCAUACCUAUGUACCUGUUAAAUUCUAAACUAUUAAUCUAUAUGUAACGGAUUCUUUAAUAAAAUGAAUGGAAACGUU